ACUACACCACACUGGCUCUCUACACCACACUGGGCCAGCCCUGCCUGUGCUCCUAGCCUACUUUUAUUGAAAUAUGUGUAGAUGCCAAAUAGUCGAUGCUUUUUCUUUCUUUCCUACAGGUAUCCUAUCAUUUUGCCGAAUGUGAAACUUCCUGGCCUUUGCCUAAACCAGGAAAGUUGUUUCAGUCCUAUCUUAUAUGCAGUACCGCCAUGCUUGUAAACGCAAACUGCCGCGACAGGACAUGCUUCUGGAACUGACAAGUACCCUAAAAGAAGGCUUCAGAUCACUUCUGGUGCGAUGUAAUAUUAUGUGCCUUGCCGGCCGGCCACAACACUUACAACAUUCAAAAUGGUGUACGGCGAAUUCUUCCACAGGCCGGGACAAGAUGAGGAGCUUGUCAACUUGAAUGUGGGUGGCUUUAAGCAGUCCAUUGGCCAAAGCACAUUGCUCAGAUUUCCCCAUACGAGACUCGGGAAGCUGCUCAAAUGCCAUUCAGAAGAAGCUAUUCUGGAACUGUGCGAUGACUACAGCGUUGCAGAGAAGGAGUACUACUUUGACCGGAACCCUUCCUUGUUCCGCUACGUGCUGAAUUUUUAUUACACAGGGAAACUCCACGUCAUGGAAGAGCUCUGCGUCUUCUCCUUCUGCCAGGAAAUAGAGUACUGGGGAAUCAACGAGCUCUUCCUUGACUCUUGCUGCAGCAACAGGUACCAAGAAAAGAAAGAAGAGGGAUUGGGACCAGAUAAGGAUUGGGACCAGAAAAGCAAUGCUGGAAGCCUGGAUACUUCUGACGACGAGUCGUCCAUCUUUGAGAAGGAUCUCGAGAAGUUUGAUAAGCAAUGGUUGGGGGAGUUGCGCAAGAACAUAUGGGUCAGAAUGGAGAACCCUGCCUCUUGCUUGUCCGCCAAGUUGAUUGCCGUUUCCUCCUUGAGCGUGGUCCUAGCAUCCAUUGUGACAAUGUGCAUCCAUAGCAUGCCGGAAUUCCAGAAGCUGGAUGCCAACGAAAGGGAGAUAGAAAACCCUAUUCUGGAAAUAGUGGAGAUCAUAUGCAUCAUCUGGUUCACCUCUGAGCUUAUGAUCAGAUUGGCUGCUGCUCCGAGUCAGAAAAAGUUCUGGAAGAACCCGCUGAACAUUAUAGACUUUGUCUCCAUCCUUCCGUUCUACGCCACUUUGGCCGUGGACACCAAAGAGGAGGAAAGUGAAGACAUCGAGAACAUGGGGAAAGUGGUCCAGAUCCUGCGUUUGAUGAGGAUAUUCCGUAUACUGAAGCUGGCUAGGCACUCUGUCGGGCUGCGGUCAUUGGGUGCCACUUUGAGGCACAGCUACCAUGAAGUUGGACUCCUGCUUUUGUUCCUGGCUGUUGGGAUUUCCAUUUUCUCCGUCCUGGUCUACUCUGUGGAAAAGGACGAUGACACAUCGGAGUUGCAGAGCAUCCCAAUCUGCUGGUGGUGGGCCACCAUUAGCAUGACCACCGUGGGCUAUGGAGACACCUACCCGGUCACCGUUGGAGGGAAGAUCAUUGGCACAACGUGCAUCAUCUGUGGAAUAUUAGUGGUAGCUCUUCCCAUCACUAUCAUUUUCAACAAGUUUUCCAAAUACUACCAGAAGCAGAAGGAUAUUGACGUGGACCAGUGCAACAACGACGCCAAGGAGAAGGCAAACGAGCUCCCUUAUUUUAAUAUUAGGGAUAUUUAUGCAAAAAGGAUGCACUCCUUUAUUUCUAGCCUUUCUUCAGUAGGAUUUGUAGCCAACGACCGAGAUUCAACGGACGCCUCAAGUAUCCAAGAUCUUGACGAUGUUUAUAACACAACAUCUUUGCAGAAUGAGCGUGCAUCUUUAGUCUCUUCGAAGACCCACCUGUGACGGGACCUGUAAUCUGCUGGUUACCCUCUGGCACUAAGCACAGCCAAAUGAAAUCCAUGCACAGUGAAGAGAGACUUCAGCACCCAACUAAUCAUGAAUGGUGAAAGGGAGCUCUCUCACACAGCACUAGGGGAGAUAAUCAGAAGCAGUAAGUGGCAAACACGAGGCCGUACGCUGACAGGAUUUUGCUACAGCUUAUUGUGCAUUUGCUGCUACAGCUUCGCUCCAGUCCCCCAUCCCACUAAGAAUAAGCCAUACAUGCCAUUGAUAGCCUCAUUUUAUACUUUCGGCCAGCAGGAGAAUUUCUGUAGAAUCCACCUAACCCCAUACGACCUAAUAAUGUCCAUUUGUUUGUGUGUCCCUUCCCUCUCCCCCUACAUGAAUUAACAAAGCAUCGGUCCUCGGGGUGCUGCCUAACUCUGCCAAAUGCUUCCUCUCAUGAUUGCCGCCAUUUCCUCCCGCUGCCGAACGAUGACGAUAAUAACCAUGUAUUGUGACUUGAUACUUGAUACUGCUUGAUCUUCCUUUGCUUGUUCUUGUUAAGAAAUGUCCAUUUUAAAGAAGAAGAAGGAGGAGAAGAAAACUUCCAAUAGGCCAACUGGGCAAAUAUCCCGGUAAACUACUUCACGAUAAGGCGGGCUACCUCAACACCAAUAAAAUUUUGCCAUGACCACCAGUGUCCUUUGGUUAGUGUGUGUGUGUGU